GAUUAUUACCCACUGAAAAUGGCUGCACUAGAAACAGAGCCUCCGGCUCUUGCAGCAGCUAGCCAGUCUCCUGUGUCUCAUUCCAAAGAUCCAUUCGUUGGCAACGUGUCCAAGAUAUCUCCACAUCAUGGAGGGAGCUCAAAACAGAGUUACAAGAAAGGAAACUUGAUAUUUGAUGCUUGUUUUGAAGGGGGCAAUUUGGGGAGAGUGGAUCUCAUUAAUGACUUUGAGUAUGAUCUAUUUAUCCGACCUGACACCUGCAAUCCUAGGUUUAGAAUGUGGUUCAAUUUCACAGUCUCAAACGUUAAAUCAGACCAGAGAGUGAUAUUCAACAUAGUCAACUUCAGUAAGACCAAGAGCCUCUACAGAGAGGGAAUGUCCCCCCUCGUUAAGUCCACCUCUCGUCCCCACUGGCAACGCAUCCCCUCUAAAGCCGUGUUCUACUAUCGCUGCCCCGACCAUCAGAAGAACUAUGUACUCUCCUUCGCAUUCGCCUUUGAUAAGGAAGAAGACAUGUAUCAGUUCUCCUACAGCUUCCCCUACUCAUUCACAAGAUUACAAAAGCUAUUGGACAAACUCGAGAUGAAAGGUCUGGAUUACUUCCAAAGGGAAACCAUCUGUAAAACUGUGCAACAGCGGCCGCUAGACCUCCUCACAAUCACCCACCCACGCAACCUGGACCCGUCAUCACGGGCCAGGAUGGUGUUUAUUACAGCGAGGGUCCACCCAGGGGAAAGCCCCGCUUCCUACGUGUGUCAGGGACUCAUGGAACACCUGAUGAGCGACACACUCGAGGGAGAGCUACUCAGAGAAAAUAUCAUCUUCAAAAUUGUACCAAUGUUGAAUCCUGAUGGAGUGUACUUGGGCAAUUAUCGAAGUUCUCUGAUGGGCUUUGAUCUCAAUCGGCACUGGGCAGACCCCUCCCCCUGGGCCCAGCCCACAAUCACCGCCACCAAGAAGCUCGUCAUGGAGUACGACCAAGACCCUAAUAUCGAUCUGGACUUCUACAUUGACAUCCACUCUCACUCCAUACACACGAAUGGAUUCAUGUAUGGCAAUGUGUAUGAUGAGGAGGAGAGGUUUGAGAGACAAGCUGUGUUCCCCAAGCUACUGGCCAAGCAUGCCACUGACUUCUCAUGGAAUAAGACAUCGUUCAACAGAGAUGCUAUCAAGGCAGGGACUGGAAGAAGGUACCUGGGGGACUGCCUCUCCCCACAGACACACUGCUACACACUGGAGGUCUCUUUCUUUGGCUACCUGGCCUCCCACAGUAGCACUGACGUCACCACUCCCUACACUGAGGAGGCCUAUCUGAGACUGGGUCAGAACUUAGCAAAGACCUUCCUGGAUUAUUACAACCUCACACACACAACACCCACUGCCUCAAAGGAACAGUUAGACUCUCAGCAAUCAUAGACUCUGGCUUAAUUCAUAAUUAGUUAUAUACAUUAUAUAUAGCUAUUAAAUUUGAACUAUUAUCAUUUUUUAUUCUUCACAUUACAUUAUAUUGUAUUGUAGCAAUUUCA